AUGCUAGCAAAAGCAAAUACUUACCAUGUGAAUAGUCUCGCUAAAGUCGAAUUCAAUAAGAGAUCGUUCGAUCGGCUGGUGUUACGAGAGGAGUAUAAGAUGACGCUGAAAGCCAUGGUAGCACAACAUUUUACUCAAGGUCAAGACCGCUUCAAUGAUCUUGUGGCAGGUAAAGGACAAGGGUUGAAUAUCCUUCUACACGGCCCUCCUGGCGUUGGCAAGACACUGACGGCAGAAUGUGUAGCGGACAUGUACGAGAGACCCCUAUACUCCGUGACUUCAGGCGAUAUCGGGACGGACCCUGAGACCGUUGAGAAGAAACUCCUCGCCAUCUUCGACUACGCUGUUCGUUGGAAUGCCCUCCUACUACUUGAUGAAGCAGACGUCUUCCUCGCCGAGCGUAACCUCGAAAAUCUGUUAAGAAAUGCGCUUGUAUCUGGGGUUGGCACUAUAGACGAGGCUUUCCAAUCCCGUCUACACAUUACGUUGGGCAUAGAUCCGCUCUCGGUCGAGGAUAGGCGGCAACUCUGGUAUCUAUUCAUCAAAGACUUGAAGCACCUAUCCCAGGAUCACAGGCGAGCUUUGGCGAGAGAAGCUCGAGAUAAUUGGGCUCACAAAGACUUUAAUAGUCGCCAAAUUCGUAACGCCGUCAAGACAGCACUCACACUUGCACGCCAAGACGGUGUUGAAGUCCAAGCCUCACACUUUCAAACCGUCUUGGAUAUCGGAUCAAGAUUCGCCGGCUAUAUGCAGCGUCUGAAGAAAAUGGAUCGAGAGAGAUUCGCUGAAGCCAUUGGUACAAGACUCGAUCUGACUGCGAAACCCAUUCAAAGCCCGGGAUCCCCCCUAAUCUAG